AUGUUUGAGUCCAAACUCCCUUUUAGUGUCAAUACUUGCAGUAUCACAUCAAGUCCAGAAAAAUUCGUUUGUAUAAACAUAGAAUGUUCAGAGAUAAAAGAUCAAUCAUUUGGAUGUUAUGAAUGCUUAAUUAAAAAGCAUAAAUAGAUUGAUUAACUCCAUUUUGAAAAAAUAAUAGAAAUUCCAGCAUUUCUAUCCCAAAUCAAAUAGAAAUCAAAACAAAAAAAUGAUAUACUAGACAAAUUAAUCAUUGAUUGUGAUUCUAAAAAAAAACUAGUUCUAUAAUAAAUCCAUGAAUUGGAGAAUUUUGUGAAUAUUGAUCUUCUACAUUAAAGACUUUUAUAACUCUUUAGUACUUAUCUUGCAAAACUAUAAAACGAAAAGGAUUUAAUUAUUCUUGCCCCUGACUAUUCUAAUUAGCAGCAUUUGAAAUUGCUCAAAUUCUAUCAUGAAGAUAUUGAACAAUAUGGAAAAGUGAUUACUCAAAGCGGAAUUGAACUAUAAGGAGAAGUAGAUGAAAUACUAGAAAACUAUCAAAUCGUUUCUCUUUAGAAAUUUAAUAAACUUAAAAAUCAAAUAGAAGCACUAAAAAUUUAAUUUAACGAAUAGAAUUAAAAAUUUGCAUAAUGGGAAAUACAGAGAGAAAGGGAAAGAUAAAGAGAAAGUCCCUUCAUGUAAAUAGUAGAAUAGUUGAAAUUGCCUGUUAUUUUUGUAUUGUCGAUUUUACUUUUUUUGGUGAUUGGUCAUAACUUAUUUUAUUUGAAUGCUUAAGAUUUCGAUUCUAGAUUAGUUUUAAAUUAAACUUAGUAAGAAGACUUAAAUAUCAAUUAUACGAAUUAAGAGUAUUAAACAAAUUAUACGAAAUACACAAAUUAAACUAGUUAAGCUAAUUAAACUAAUUAAACUAGUUAAACUAAUUAAACUAAUUAAGACAAAUAAUCAAAAUCCUAGAAUACAAGAAAUUAAUAAUGGCUUAUUAGUGAAAUACUUGAAAAUCGUAGAGUAGAAGAAUUUUAGAAUUUUACGAUAAUUUAUGAUUAAUCAUUUAAUAAAACUUUUACUCAGGAUACUUAUGAGAGAAUUUAAAAAAGAGUUUUUUGGGAUAAAAAUGAUAAGCUUGUUUGCAUUGGAGCAAGAGAGAACAAGAAUUUAAGAUUGAUAGGAUGUGAUUUAGCAAGCGAAGUAUUUUCAAUCACUUAGGAUGCUUAUAGUGCGCGUAAAAGCUAAAAUGGUGAAAUGUAUUGGUAUUGGGUCUAAUCAAAAUCUUUUGGGUUUUCACCAAACAAAAAUAUAGCUCUCACCAAUAUUGAUAAUGAGGAUCUCUCAAGUGAACUAAGAUUUUCAUUUGGAACAUCAAAGAACCUCGAAGAAAGAAGAGUUGGCUCCUAAUAUGGUCACAAAAAUACUAGUUAAUACAACUUGGUAAUCUAUGCUUCGAAGGACAACAAUUGA